AUGGGUUCUUUGAUGGAAGAAGAGAACAUGAUAAUUGCUACAGACGGAUCCUUCAAAGACAAUGAAGGAGGAAUUGGUAUAGUCACCGAAAAAGGAGAAAAAAUCAAUAUGAAUGCCUUCGCAGCAGCAUCGUCGUUUGACUGUGAAAUUCAAGCAAUCUAUAUAGCAUGCAAAAUGACAAAAGGAAAUAUCCAAAUUCUUACAGAUUCGAUGGCAAGUAUUAAAAUUAUUGAAGGAGAUAGAAAGACGAAUAACCCCUAUGUGAAAGCCAUCAGGAAAGAGAAGCAAAGGAUUACCCUAAGACACAUUAAAUCCCACCAAGUGGAAACACAACAGAUGACCCAUGAGGAAAAAGUCUUAAUUCAACUCAAUAAUGAAGCUGACAUAGAAGCAAAUAGAGGACGCAAGAAUAGAAACAAGACCAAAGCAAUCCCCCCAGCUCAAGAGUUAGACAGAUACCUUUUUACUUUUAAUGAGAAAAUAAUCUAUGACAAAAUAGAUACAAUUCUAUACUCGGAAAUAUUUAAAGAAGAAGUAGCGAAAGCAAACCUAAAUGCAUUUAGCAAGAUUAGAAAAUCUAGAAUAAUCCCUAAAAACAAAACCAUCACAAAAAACCAAAUCAACAUUGCCACUAGAGCUGCUUUUAACAGUCUCCCAACAAACAACAUCUUUACACCAGGUAAUGGAUGCCCUAUAAGAGAUUGCAAGGAAGAGGAGAACACUCAACACGCCAUUUUUAACUGCAAAAAAACUGAAUAUCUUCGUGAAAGAUUAUGGAGAAGCCUAGAAGACAAUAUCCAACAAAUAACCAAAAAACCUUUAGAAACAAUCAGAAAAAUACUAGUAACCCACUUGAAAUCCAACACUAUCCCUAAAUAUUCAACCAUUUAUAUUGGAAUACUUCCCAAAGAAGUCUACCAAACAUUAGAGGCCUGGGAUAAAGCACAAGAAAUCCAAAUAGAAAUAAUUAAAUUCACUCACGCAAUGUGGAUAGAAAGAUGCAACCACAUACAUCAACCAGCAACUUUACCAAACAACUAUGUUUAA